AUUUAAUUUGUAAAAAAAAAAAAGAUAUAGUAUUUACCUGUAUAAAACUAAAAACUAUGGUAUUUAUGCUUAAAUAUUCUUAAGGGAGAGAGAGUAGAAAAGAAAAACCCUGAGGCAGAGGGCACCUUCCAACUCGCAAAACCCUUGACAAUGGGGAAGAAGAAUAGACGAGAAGCAGAAGUUGAUGAAGAAGAAAAAACUGAAGCUAAGCAGGUCGAGCUUCCCAAUGGAGAUUCUUACCAAAAGAAGAAAAAGAAGAAAAGGGAUAAGCAAGAAGAAGGGCUCAAACCCAAGGACAUACCUACAGUCACCAUAGCCUUGCCGGGUUCUAUAAUAGACAACACACAGUCCUACGAACUCGCCACCCGAUUGGCUGGUCAGAUUGCUCGUGCCGCAACUAUUUUUCGAAUUGACGAGGUGGUAAUAUUUGACAACAAGAGUAACUCUGAAAAUAAUUCUAGCUACUAUACAAAUCCAGAUAACUCGGAUGAGAAUGAAAGUGGUGCAGAUUUUCUUAUAAGAAUCUUGAAGUACCUCGAAACCCCUCAGUAUCUGAGAAAAGCUUUAUUCCCUAUGCACAGUAGCUUAAGAUUUGUGGGUCUGUUGCCCCCGCUUGAUGCGCCACAUCAUCUGCGCAAACACGAAUGGGGUCCCUUUCGUGAAGGUGUCACACUUAAAGAAAGAGCUCCAAACUCGUCGGGAACACUAGUUGAUGUUGGUUUAAAUAAGAAUUUCGUUAUUGAUCAAGUACUCAAUCCUGGAACGAGGGUUACCGUGGCUAUGGGAACUGAUCGGAAUCUGGAUGCUGAUUCAGUUCGUCAAAUUGUUUCAUCAUCUAAGCCCAGGGAAGAAGCAAACACAUAUUGGGGUUACAAAGUGAGAUAUGCUUCCAAUAUAAGUUCAGUAUUCAGGGAAUGCCCAUAUAAGGGAGGCUAUGAUCAUUUGAUUGGAACCUCAGAGCAUGGUUCAGUUACUAAAUCAUCUGAUCUCGUUAUACCUACCUUUAGGCAUCUAUUAAUUGCUUUUGGUGGACUUGCUGGGUUAGAAGAGUGCAUUGAAGAGGAUAUGAAUUUAAAGGUAAAAGAUGCGAGUGAAAUAUUUCACUCAUAUUUGAACACAUGUCCACACCAGGGAAGCCGAACAAUUCGAACCGAGGAGGCAAUCUUUAUCUCUCUUCAAUAUUUCCAAGAACCAAUCAGUAGGGCUUUGGAGAAAAUUUAGGGUUCGAGUAAAGCCAACUAAUUGCAGAACUUGAGGAACUUCACAACUAUGUGACUGAUGUCGUCUGAAAUAUGAGUGGCCUAUGCUUUCUCUGGAACCCUAACUUGGCUACUAAGGAUUUUGAAGAUCAAAAACUUUGGUGUCAACAAGAUGAAGACACAACCCAUUUCUUUUCAAUCUUGACAAUUUUCCUCCAAAGUCAUUGGAAACUUGGAAUUAUCGGUUUUUUAAUUUGGUGGGAGGUUUGUCUGUCUUCUCAGUCAAGUUGAUGGAAGAUUACUAUUGUAGGGUCUUUUGAAAAUCAUUUUGUAAUUGGAUUUCAGUGUAAUUCAAGUUAACUAUUCAAUUUGGUUUAUUUGGCUGGAUGUACAAAUUACAUGAUUAUCAUAUAAUUAGAGAAAAUUGAGACAUUUCAAUUACA